GAAAAUCAAUUUUUGGGUCAAUUUUCGCAAGAGCGGGGCAUCAUACACAGCUUCUCGGAUGACCGGGAUCCUUCGAGGGGAUUCCGUGCCUUGGUGCGCGUAAUGCCAAAUUGCGAUGAGAAGAUCUCGCUGAACGGAUCAUCGCGUUAUGUCUAUAGCAAAUUCAACAACGCUGGCGGUUAUCAAAACGAUUUGGACUGCCAAAUAGUAUUUCGGGUGAAUCCUGAUCAGCAGAUAAGCGUGGAGUUUAGUAAUUUCCAUGUCCAAGACUCGGACGGAUGCCGCAGUGAUUAUGUGGAGUUGCGCGAUGGUGGCGGAACCUUUGCCGACAUCAUCGGGCGUUUUUGUGGCCAGAAUCAACCGCCCACUUUGAGAUCCACCAGGCAUACGCUCUACAUGCGCUUUGUCACCGAUAAUGAGGUGACGGAUACGGGUUUCCAGGUGACCAUCAAUGCUAUUCCCCGACUAUGCGGCAGUUCAGAGAUUACGUUGAGUGCGGAUGGCACAACGGAGGUCACCAUUAAUUCUCCGGCAAGGACGCCAGGUGGCAAUUACCCCAAUGGAGUGUCGUGCUUCUGGAAAAUUAAGGGCGAUUCCCUGCUGAGGGUGCAGUUCAUCAACUUUGAUCUCCACGGACCGAAUCAAAAUGGUAGCUGCGUGGAUGACUAUUUGAAAAUCUACAAUAGUGAGGAUGCACCACUGUUGGAGCAGGGAUUGGGUACCGAUCUGGUAUUCAAUGGCCAGACCUCCAGACAGAACGGUCUCGGCUUUGCCACGGAGCAUGUGUACUGCGGCAAUGUGAAGCCGGACAUCUAUUAUGGCCAGUCCAGCGAGGUGUAUCUGAAGUUCCGGUCAAAGUGGUUGGAGCAGCGUGGCGGAUUCCAGUUGCAGGUCGCCCUGAACUCCAACCGAGAGCGCCACUACGAUGGACUGCAGGGCAGAGUGCAUUUAUCACAGUCGGCCGAUUGCAACAUCAUUAUCCGGGCACCACCUAAUUACACCUUAAGUUUGUACUACACCGAGUUGAUAUUCGGCACCUAUGACUGCGAAAUGGAGAAUUUGGAGGUGUUCGACAGGACGAAUCGAUCGCUGCAGCGCGUCUGCUCCUUUGUGGACAUGGGCAAGAGUCUGUUCAGCAAUGCAAAUGAACUGCGGCUGCAGAUGAAGACUGGCUCGUUCUUGACCUCGCUGGAUCUCACCUAUCUGGCCAGUCCGGUGGAGAAGGGUCCUGGUUGCGGUGGUCAGUUCUACAACACUGAGGGCAUCUUCUCCAAUCCCUUCUAUCCGAACAAUGUGCGCAAUAACUCCGAGUGUCAGUGGAUCGUCCGCGUGCCGAGCAACAACGUUGUAUUCCUUACAUUUGAAGUCUUCAAUCUGGGCUCCAAGACCACCUGUCACACGGACUACCUGCAAAUCCUGGAGCAGGACGGAACCGGCGAAGAGCGCGAAAUGAGACGCUUCUGUGGCGAGGACAAUCCAAAGUACUACAAGAGCCAGCGCAGCCAGGUGCUCGUCCGCUUCCACAAGACCGUCAACUACGACGGUAUCGGUUGGGUGAUCCGCUUUGCCGGUGUCUACUCCGACCAUCAGAUACCCAGAUACCUGUUGAGCGGUUCCUAACCGCCUCUCCUCUUCAGCCGCCAUCGGUAUUAGGAAGCUUGAAAUCAAAUUCCUAAAAUUAAAUCAUUUUUAUUGCAAUAAAUACAUCUAAGUAAGGACAACUUCUCACCUUUAAAGAUCAAGAUGUCUAUAAUUCUGUCAAGAUUAGUUCAGAUUUUAGGUUUUAAUCAACCGACAAUAAAAGUGUUCAGCCCUAAACGAA